GGCCUCCUCCAAAAAGCGCUGUUUGUAUCGAGAUUCGAGAGAGAGAGAGGUUGGAUGGACCGUGAUACCAGAUGAUCAUGGCGGAAGCUGGGCAGACGAUAGAGCACUCGGAGGGUCGAGAGCGGGAGACUUCAUCAGGAGACCAGUCCCAGUCAACAACUCCUUCCGAGCCUCGGCUGAAACGCAAACCUCCAGCUUUCAAAGCUUGCAGCGAGUGCAGACAGCAAAAGCUCCGGUGCGAGGUCAUCAGCGAACCGGGCGAGGCCAAUCAGAGCUGCGCGCGCUGUCGAAAGUACAAGUUGCAGUGCAUCGUCGAUGACAAUUUCAAACGGGUCAAGAAGCGGGGGAAGUUUGAAGAGCUGCAGCGAGAAGUCGAGGAGCUCAGGAGAAGGCUUGCAAUCGCAGCACCGCAGGACGGCGAUCCGCUUCCUUACGUGCGGAGAGUCGAUGAUGGAGUUUCCACACAGAGCUACGAUGUAUCGGCAUCGGCACCGAGCAUGCAGCAAUUGGAGAAUAUCUCGCUCUCCGGUGAACGCGUUGCUCAUCUCUAUGACGAAUUCAUCAGGUUCUACCACCCAAUGUUACCACUCCUCAACCCUUAUCUAGGGCCCAAUCAUUUCUUUAACCUCUCUCCCCUCUUGGGAUGGACGAUCGUGAUGAUCGCAGCAAGGAGAUCGCAGCUUGAGCCAACGCUGCUGGCUGCACUCACAGCCCCUUUUGAGAACUUGCUCUGGACAACUAUCCGCAGUGCGCCGCAGUCAUAUCAUGUCGUAAAGCCUCUCUGCCUGCUGUGUACAUGGCCAUUGCCUACCGAUAGCAGCCCUGGCGACCCUACUUUCCUGCUCAAUGGUAUAAUGAUGCAGAUGGCUCUGAAGUGCGGCCUUCACAGACCUUCUUGUCCACCCGUCUUUGGGAGCCCUUCCACCGCCAACUCAGGUGCUGAAACGAGAGAUCGCUCUUUGACGUGGUGCGUGUGUAAUAUCGUGAUUCAAAGGGCGUCGAGUAUAAAUGGACAACCUUCAACAUCCAUAUAUAACUGGGCACUCGACACAGAUCAAGCAGUUGCCAACCCCUUGCACCUGCCAGACAGCUUGCUGGUGCAGAUGAGGAUCGAGAAGUUCUGUGACAAGGUCACGAGAUCACUAUACAGCGAGACCUUGGAUCCUGCUGGGAUCGUAGCGGAGAAGAAAAGCGCAACUCUCAUGAGUUUGCUUAGGAUGGAUUAUCAAGAACUGGAAUCAUCCUUGGUGAGCAGACUCUCCCCCAUCGACAAGCUGAACCUGCUCGCCGCCUCUCUCCACCUCCACUCCUUCGCUUUUUUCAUCCCCGAUACCUCUGCCGCCCACCGCUCUGAACUCGCGCACCUCUACCACUCCGCAACCAAUUUCAUCUCGGCCCUCCUCGAGCACGCCGCCCAAUCAAGCACCUUCGUCCACUACUGUCCCCAACAUCUCCAAUCCUUUCUCCUCUCCGCCUCUUGCACCCUCCUCCGACUCCUCCACAGCUCCUUCGCCACCCACCUCGACAUCUCGCAAGGCACCGCGCUCUUCCACUCCGCCCUCCUCUUCCUCCGCAAUACCAGUAUCAGCGGCCGCGACUCCGCCGCUCGCUCCGCCGAGGUUCUCUCCCGCAUGUGGCACGUCGCCGCCGCCGCCACCACCACUAGCACUGGCACCUAUCCCCUCGAGCUCCGCACUCGCUGCCGCAUGAGCAUCAGCCAUGUCAUCGACAGUCUCUGGCGAUGGCGCGAGAGCUGGCCGCUCGCUGUCCCGCGCGUAGGAGAAACCCAAACCCAUCCGGUAUCCGACGACGUAGCGAAGCUAUCGGAUUUUGAUCUGUUUAGUUCGCUGGACUGGGUUUGAUGAGAAGGGCGAAUGAAUGCAUUCGCGGCUGGAUCCUUGGAUUUUGUGGCUCGGAGACUGUUGUAAUAUUUUAUACGUACAUAGAUGUCUUGAGGAGGGUGCUUUCUGGCGUUCUGUAGAGGAUUUGAUUUGAUAUAAGGUGUGAGGGAUGAGGGAUCAGGGAUCUUAGAACGCUUUAUACUAUAUCAUACACAUACACAUACAACCCACAUUCUCAAAUACGUCAGC